AUGGCUGCUGCAACUGAAGCUACUUCGUCGUCUCCUUUCCUCUCUGAGGAGAAGCAGCUACCGCUGCAUUUCCCUCCGCUUCUGUCCCCCGCUACAACGUACUCUGCUGCAGUGUCUUCUGUGAUUUCCCUCUGUCUUCCAAAUAGACCCGACUUUUGUCGCUUUCUUCUGUCUCCCUCCCCUCGCCAUGGCGGUUCUCCCAGGAAGAGCCGAGAGGCGGAAUCACGAGUCUCUUCAAGUUACGAGCCGCAUGAAGGACAGGCAGGUGGAGAACAAGAAGAGAAUGGAGACAGGGUAGGGCAGAGUGAGCAUCCCUUCCUUUCUGAAGCGGCAGACGCCCUUGCUUCACUGCCUUUCCUCCAAGCGGCCGCCCGUGCAGCGGCGCGCGCCAGCGGCCAGGACGUGGAACCCGCUGCUCUCUGCGAUGAGGAAGGGGACGAGGAAGACAAGGAGAGGGAGACAGGCAUACUCGAGGCGCGGAACCCGAGACGGGGACACCCGCGCCUCCAAAGCCUGCAACUCCUCUCAGACGUCUCUUUGCGACUUAUAGACGGCGAAGAAGAGGAAAUCGGCUUCUUCUGGAGUCGCCUCUCCGCAGCGGCUUCGCGAGCGAUCGCCACCGACACACCGCCUCUCUCCGGCACGCCGUCUGCUCUCUCCUCUCCCUUGUCUGCUUCGUCUGCUCCCGGCGUCAGCGACGUGCUGCGCGAAACCUUUCUGCUUCUGAUGCAAAGCGGAAAAGGCGAGGAAGGAGAACUCACCGCGCUCAUUUACCUGCGAAUGCUGCUGAGCCUCGAGGGACGGGAAGCGCUCCGUGCCUGCAUGCGCGGGAUCCUGGAAGGCGCCGCGAAAAAAGGCGACGGACUCUGUCCCUCUCACAGACGCUUCUGCCUGCAGCUGCCGCGCCUCUUCCUCGCACGCGCGAACGACCUGAGGAAUCUCCACUUCUCUUCGUCCUCUCCGGCGCGUCCUUUCCUCGUGCUUCCUCUCUACGAAGGCGGGCCAGUCGUCGAUCUCGUCGCAGCCGCCACAAGCGACAUCUUCUCGCUUCUUCUUCCUCUCCUUCUUCACCCUCCCUCAUCCUGUGCUUCUCUCGCCUCUUCUUCGUCUUCUUCCCCUUCUUCCUCUUCAUCGUCCGCUUCUUCCUCGUCUUCGUCGCGUGAGGAGGCGUUCGAUAGUCAGAAGGAGACGACGCGUGCGGCGUGUCAGAUAAUCGAAGACGCGCCUCUCUUGCUCUUUCCGACGGUCCUUUGCGGCAGCAACCUUCUCACUUUCUGUCGCGAAAAGGAGAAAGAAACUUCGGGUUGGACAGAGCCCGACGAACGCAGUUCCCCAGCCGACGCUGAGCAUGAGGGGAGGGGAGAGCAGCCGCAACCCCCAGGCGACGACGAAGGAAAUCUCUCCUCUGGUGCUUCGACCGGCGACGGGAGUGACAGCCAAGCAGCGCGUCCUGACGGCGACGAGGCCCACGAAGGUGGAGAGACGAACACGCGUGGUGAAAAGGAAGCAGACGCGGUGCACGAAGUGGAGACGAGGAGGCUAGAUGCGAGUGACCCUGUCAUUUCCCUUCUCGGAUCGGUCUGUUACGCCUCGGCGCCUUCCGGGACCUCUGCGGCGUCGCCUGUCGUUUGGUCGCUUCUUCGCAUUCUUCGGACUUCUCUGGCCGAAGAAGGGAAGAUCCAACAAGAUCUUAGUUCUCCCGCGGCUUCACCCGACGAACUCCAAGGCAUCCAGCGGACACACAUGUUGCUACCCUCGCCCCAUCACCAAAUCCAGUCUUCCUCUUCUCCACUUUCUUGCUCUUCCUCUUCAUCAUCUUCAUCGUCUUCCUCUUCCUCUUGUUCGUCUUUGUCUUUGUGUACCUCGGCGUUUUUCGAUCGUUUCCUGUCGUCUGUGACGAUUCCUGCGCUGCGGAGCGACCGACCGUUUCACCGGCUCUUGGCCUUGGAGCUGUUGCAUGCACUGCUGGCGGCUGAGGAAAAGGAGCUGCGUUUCCGUUCGCAACUCGCGAGCGACUCUGGCGGCACACACGAAGAGGACGGAGACACCCGAGUCGACGGAAGUCGCAGGACGGAUGAACCGCCGCUGCUCUUGCUGCCUCUUUUUCUCCAGAAAGAAAAACGGAAAACAGCAGAGAAGCUGAUCGACGCCCUGCGGCGACGCGCAAAGGACGCGCAGUCGCUCCUCAGGAGUCGCGGCAUUGAGACACUGGGCCAGCUGAUUUCUCUCCUGGUGUUGGGCUGCACGACUCUGCCCCUGGCGUCUUUCUCUCAACAUUCUCUGGCUUUGCUUCUUCACCCUCCAUUCCUCUCGCGUCUCGUCGCCUCGUGCUUGGAGGACAGCCACAGUGUGAUCCGACAGGCGAUUCUCGCGUUUCUUCGUCGCCUGCUGCCGCUGCUGCUCUCCGCUGGCGUUCGCACCCACAGGCGCCUAGGGCCGUGGCUGACAGAUCACUUUUUCGCGUUCUUCGCCGCAGAUGGGGGACCGUCACGUUCCCCGGUUGCCUCGACGCGCCUCCGCGAAACGGCAGCGCCGCAGAGAAACUCGAUUGUGUUUCACCUCCGUCAACUGCUCUGUCCGCCUCUCGGGUCGGCGUCGCGCGCCCGGUCUUCUCCCGGUGCGUCGCUGCAUUCGCCUGCCUCCGCCCUGUGCCUCCCUGCGUCACUCCUCUUCGUCUUCCCCCUCGCGGCGAUCGCGGCGCGGUGUACAGACAGCAGCCUGUUGGUGAGGCGCCAAGCUGUUAGCACUUGCCACGAGUGGGCGACUUGUCUGCUUCGGGUUUUCGCGGCUGCGUCGCUCUCGGCGCGGAGCCGAACGAAGCUCCUUGGAGUCACGGCAUUUGACCCAAACCUGCGCGUCGGAAAAAGCCAAGAAGGGGAAGCGGCACCGACUCCCGCGACGCCAAUUUCGUGCACGAGGUGUACAGAUACCGGAGGCUCGGCGUCCCUCGCACUGCCGCCCAGUGGCGAGCCUUCGACUAGCGACGCGCCGCACGCUCUCGCACCUGUGCAGCCUUCGGGAACUUCGCAGUCCGUCUCUGAAACAGCGAGCGACGCAGAAGCAAGCUGUUCGUGCGCCUCCUCUUCUCCCGGUUGUGGAAGGGCGGUUGCACAGGAGAUGUUGCGAAUCUUGGAUUUCUGCCAAGGCGAAAUUUCGCGCGUUUGGCGUCAGAGCGUCCUGGCGCAAGUCGCUGGGGACGAAGAGGAGGCAGUGCGAGAGAGGGCCAGCGAGGCGGUCGCCUCUCUUCUUCUCUCUGCGCCUGCGACGGAGAGACAGGCGGAUUGCCGGGGUUUGGAGCGCGGCUCGAAGCGACGACGCUCCGACUCGGAAGGCGCCGCGCGAGGAGGAAGAACGAAAAGGGCUGCGGCGCAGGAAGGACAGGAUCGCGAAGGACCGCGCACAGGAUCUCCGUGCGGCAGCGCUCGCGCGCUUCUCGAACGGGGCGGUUCUUCUGCAAGCCUGGCGGAGGCGGGUGAAGACGUGGAAACAGGCGAUGCAUGCGGAGACAGUCGCAGAAAAGAAGGAUCAGUGGAAGACGACGAAGGAAGAGAGCAAGAAGAACGAAACGCAAGAGGGGAAGACGAACUUCGUCUAGCAACAGAUGAAGGCGAGGGGGCGUCUCCAUGGUUCGACGAAGACGAAGUUUGGAGAGAACCGACUCCUUGGCAGAUGGCCCAAGAGAUGCUGCGAGGCUCUUCCGAGGAAGAACUCGAAGACAUUCUUCAUUUCUACAUGGGCUACCUCCAGAAGCACUGUCUAGACAGCUUGCGGCAAGCAGGCCGCGGCUCUCUUCCUCCGACCCUCCUCCUCGCCGUGCAAGCCAUGCUUAUGCACCGAGUUUCGGGAACUUCUGCGUCGCCUUCCCUUCCUCUCUCGUCUCGCGCGUCUUCUCCCGUCAAGCAUCUUCGCGGUGGCGCCUCCUCCGAAUCGUCUCCCCGGCGGGCACAGAUAAGCGACAGCCGCGCCUCCGCACGCGCAGUACUCGCGCUUUGGCUUCGAAUAUACGGCGAAGGAGGGAAAAGAGAAGUGGACGGAGAGAGAGAGGCAGCCGGCAAUCGCGACAGAGAGGAUAGGGGCCGACUAAAGCGUGGAGCUGACGGCUCAGAUGCAGGAGACAGCGACAGCGAAGAAAACGAUAGUUUCAAGGAGCGAGAAGGAAAAGACGCGCGAGAGCAAGCAAGCGAGUGUCUUACUGCGAGCGUCGCACGUCGAUUGUUCGUUCUUCUUGAAGCAUCUGUCCCGCAUUUGGAAGAAGAUGAGAAGAAGCAGGCGGGGACGCGACUCCUUCAAAUGCUUCGCCAUUUCAGGCUUCCUGCGUCGCUCGUCCCUGCAGCGGUCUCUGCAUGCUUCGCCCUGCAGCGGGAGACUCGCGAGGCGCGAGACGCCGACGAAACCGCCGACGCCGCCGAAGCGCAAACUCCAGAAAGGCAGGCGAGUGGCGAGUGCGAAGCGGUCGAAGCAUCAAGCGCCGAGCAAGAGGGAGUCGCCAGCAGCCACGGAGCGAAACAACACACACAGGUCACGCCGCAAACAAAGGAAGGAGAGAAUGGACACAGCCUGCGAGCCGUCGCUGGGGACGCGCGCGCACAGCGAGACACUUUGCGAGCGGUUCCCUGGAUCGACAACGUUCUCAGGCGCGUGGAAACGGUCCUCAGCCGCCGCCUUGUUCCGCCUUCGCCCCGGCAUGCCUCGGGUUUCACUUCCAUUGCUUCCGCUCGACCUGCCCCAGACGCUGACGCGAAUCGCGAGGCACGCGAAGACACCGACGCAGAGAAGGAGAACAGAGAAAGCCGAGAAAGCCAAGAGGCAGAGACUCUGAGGACGCCUGCUCAUGCGGAGGUCUCGCCUCUGACAAAUGCGUGCAUGCGCGCAGAGCGAGAACUUGACGUCAUCGGCAGGUGUAUCGUGACAGCCGGCGAGCUCGCCCUUCUCCGAGACGUCUCGGCUUCUUCGCUUCCUGCGCUGCUGCAUGGGAUUGUCGAAGAUCGCCUCUGUGUGGUUCUCCCCCGUGGACCCGACAAGGGACGCGCCGAAAAGACUGGCGAGGCCGACAGAGCACGGCCGCCUCAAAGCCAGCUGGGUGAUUCCUCGUCUCUCGCGCUGGCCCCUCUCCCUCCAGCGGAGUCGUCUUCUCUUUCUUCUCUGUCUUCUCCUUCGUCUCUGUCUUCUCUUUCUUCAGCUUUUCCUUCCGUUCUCGCGCCUACGCUCCGCGUUCGCGCACUAGCCGUCCAAGCUCUGGGGAAGGUCGCUCUAUCCCGCGUCGGACUGCCUUCCAGACCCGCGGUCGAUUCCUCAGCUUCUUCUUCCCUGGCAGUGGGCGGCGCAGCAGCAGCGACUGGACACGGACAGGACGGAAGAGCCUCUCACCGCAGCGCUUCCCUUUCCACUCGCAGCCUCGAUGGCGGCAAGCAGAAAGGCGGCGACGAGGGGGGAGUUCUCCAGACGCUUUCGGCGCUUCUCAGUGAACAGGAACACCCGAUUCUUCGCAUCGGCGCUCUCGCAGUCAUUUCCGACUUGAUUCAAAGACAGUCUGGCAUCGCCGAUCGCUCGCUCCCUCGCAUUGUCGCUGCGCUAGCGUCCUCGAGAGCCCGCGACAGCGCCACUGCGCGAACCGCAAAAGACGAAGCAGAGGACAGGGAGGAAAACGAGGAACUUCUCGUCCCGCUGCGGAAAGUCGCCUUCACCUGUCUCGCGACGCUCGUCUCGGAAGAAUUCGUCAAGUUCAAUGGUCACGCCGUCCACGGAAUGGUCUACGCACUAGGCGAUCCUCACCCUGAGAUUCGCAGUGUAGCAGAGGCUGUCUUCCUCCGCGUCAUUCUUCCCCGUUAUGAAUCGAAGCUGCCGAUCCUCUUCGUCGAGUGUCUCAUCGCCUUCAAUGGCUUCUACACACAUCCGGCCUUUGCUGGAAAAGCGACGCUCCGUGCUCUCUGCUGCCGGAGCGACAGGGAGAGAAAAGCGAGCAUCUAUCGCUUUGUCUUGGACCGUGUCUCGUCGCUUACCAAGUACCGGAUCCAGCAGCGCCUCGUUUCCUCCGUGCUUGCCGCGUGGAUCGACGAUCAGCCGCAGUGUCUUUCUUCCUCCGUUUUUUCGGCGUCUUCUUUGCCACUGCCUGUGCGCUUCGAAGAGGCUGACGGUGCGCUGCUGUCCGACGCGUUGCGUCUUCUCGCGUGUUCGUCUCUGCGCGUGAGAAUCAAGAAGUCCGACAAACGUCUAGGGGUAGCCGACGAGGAGAACGACGGGGAGGAAGGCGACGCGCCUGUGGAAGGAAAGAAGAAAGGCACAAAGGGGAAACGGAAACAGACACUCGAAGGCCAGGGUUCGUCCAUGGUCGGACUCCUCGACUUGAUGGUCAAAAAGGUGUUGCAAACAGAGGUGAUCCCAGUGCUCCGGUCCUUGGAUGUUUUGAUGAGGGCCAAACUGUCUCCAUUCCAAGAGGAACUCCUCACUGCGUUCUGCGAGAUUCUGCGCGACUACUGGGACGACCUCGAGGAAAUGGUUGGCGAAGCGAGUCUCGCGAAAGAGCUGCGUCACUUUGCACAAACGCGGAUGUUGGAUGUUUCGUUUCGACAGCAGAGGCCUGCGCACGAUGUCGCAGCUACUGAAAACAGCGGAAACUAG